AUGCUUGCCCCACGCUUGAUCAAGGCAAUUAAUGCCAGCAGAUCCUUUCAUUUAGCAAGAGUGAUGUCUAUGCGAGGACCUCUGACUUUCGAUGGCUGGUACCCCCGUGAUCACAAACCGAAUGCUCCACCAACCAAUGAAGAAGAGCGUCGUGCAGCAGCCGUAAAAUAUGGUCUUCGACCAGAAGAUUAUCAUUCUAUGGACAAAGAUGACGUGAUCAAGUUUGCCGGAGACUAUCCAGAUCUUGGAGUAGUUACAUACGACCACAAAGAUCCGUAUGAAGCUUGGACUGAUCGUCAAAAUCGCAGAAAUUGGGGAGAGCUCGUACCAAUUGAUAUGAUGCGCUAUCGCGGAGAUCGUCUCACUUUCACAGGACUUGAAGCUGAAGAUUACACUACGUGGGGAUCCAUCGUGAUGUGUCUUCGUGUGUUGGUACCGAUGGCCCUGAUUGCUUGGUACUUCUGUAACGACCACCCGAACGCUCUCCGUUGGCGUAAUCCAGCUAUGCCAAAGCAGUACCCGUACGACUUUUAUCGUGCAUAUCCAUUCGACGAUCCACGAAAGUAUCCAAUUGUUAACUAUUCUUUCGAUCUUGAAUAG